AUGCGGCGCGCAUUCAGCUCAAUCCUGUUGCUAGGACUCUCGUCCUUUGCGACGGCCGUCUUCCAAGAUGAGGUCGACGAUAUCGACUUCCACUACUCACUCUUCGGUGUCCCGCAGGCCGAGACGACCUUCUUCCACCGACCUCGAAGAGACGACAAGGCCAGCUUGCUCUACACCCUCGGCGAUGUUGGCGUAUUCGGCGCUGUGAACCCCAGCAAUGGCGAAAUUGUCUGGAGACACCAGAUUUCCACGGAUACUACAAUUGGAGGAGGCCACUUUCGGGCGCCAGAGGAUGAGGACUGGGUGGCUGCUGCCCACGGAUCGACUGUGCAGGCCUGGAAUGCCUUGACGGGAAGAAAUUCCUGGCACACAAGCUUCGCGGGUCAAGUCAAAGACCUUGAAAUUUUGGAGGUUACUGAGACAGGGAGAAAGGAUGUUCUUGCUCUGUUUGAUGAGGAUGGCGUUACUGUGCUACGCCGGCUGCAUGGCAAGUUGGGCACUGUGGUGUGGGAGUUCCGCGAACACAACAAGGAUAUUCCCCUACAGGUGUCUACCAACAUUGCAAACAUCUAUGUCAUCAGUCUUCACGGGUCGCCUUCCUCUUAUAGCCUUAAAAUCACGUCUCUCGACACUCUGACAGGCUCGCGUGUCAACGACUGGACUGUCGGCACCAAGGGCGAGGUUCACGGGCCCCAGGACGUCAUGUUCGUCGGCGCCAACUCCGCCGCACCGCUCUUAGCUUGGACCGACUCCUCUCUAUCCAAGCUGAGCGUUCAUGUUCUGGGUACCAAGGGAAAGCAGGAGAUUGCCCUGGGUGCGGAGACGACUGGUGUCGUCAUUCACGCCCCUCAUCUGACCCAGUCGCUGCCUCACUUCCUUGUUCACACGAAGACUGCAACUGGCGGUAAAGGCGAAGUUUACCACACCAAUUUGAAGAAUGGACAGAUUACCAGAGCCUUUGAACUCCCGCAUCUCAAGGGGGAGAAUGCUUUCUCGACAAGCUCGGAAGGUGCUAACGUCUACUUUACCCGUAUCACCGAGGACGAGAUUCUUAUCGUUUCUUCUGAGUCUCCUGCUGUUCUCCAGCGUUGGCCCCUGGCAUCUUCGUCUGACAUCAAGGCGCGACAUGCUGUAUCAGAAGUCAUCAAGAAGCCUGGUGGCGAGGAGUUUGCCAUCCGAUCUGCUGUGACCACCGUCUCAGAUGACUGGACGUUGGUCCGAAACGGAAACGUUGAUUGGAGCCGUCCUGAAGGACUCAGCGCUUCUGUCGGUGCCGUUUGGGCUGAGCUACCCGAAACUGAGAGCCUUGCCAAGGCCCUGGAGGAGGAAGCCCAUACCAACCCCCUCUCUGCCUACAUUCAUCGUGUUAACCGUCACAUUAAUGAUCUCAAAUACCUCCCUGCUUGGCUUCAGUCAAUCCCUACCCGCCUGAUUGAUAGUCUUUCUGGUGAGACUCACAGGGACACAUCGUUGCACCGCGACAGCUUUGGGUUCAACAAGGUCAUUGUACUGGCAACACGACGUGGGCGGGUCUAUGGCCUCAGCACUGCGAAUGCUGGAAAGGUCAUUUGGUCAGCAAAUGUCUUUCCCCAGCCUCAGGGCCAGUCAUUCGAAUUGAAGGGUCUUGUUGCCAAGGGCGGCGAGAGUAGCGUUGUCACGCUACAGGGGUCAAAGGGUGAAGUCGCAGAUAUCAAUGCCAUCACAGGAGAGGUUCUUCGAGUUGUUACUAGUGGCUCUAGCAUUGAGAGCACCGCUACUAUUCAAGAUGAAAAUGGCGUUUGGCUUCUUGCUCUCGAUUCCUCGGGCAAGCCAGUUGGCGAAUUCCCCAAUGGUGUUGUGCCAAAGGAGACCAUUGUCGUUCGCGGAGAGGGAGAGGUUAUCAAGGGUGUGCGCUUCGAGGCCGGGAAAGAUGGGGCUACUGCUCAACAGACCGAAGUAUGGCAACUGCAGCUACUCCCUGGUGAGCGCAUUGUGGACGUCGCAGUUCGCCCUUCUCACGACCCAGUUGCAUCAAUCGGCCGCGUUCUUGGAGACCGAAACGUCAACUACAAGUACCUCAACACAAACACCAUUGUUGUUGCCGUCCUUUCCGAUGACAAUUCCGUGCUCUCUAUCCGACUGGUGGACACAGUAUCUGGACAAAUCUUAGCCUCGCAGUCCUACGACGGCGUUGACGGAAGCAAGGACGUGUCAUGCGUCAUUUCUGAGAAUUGGUACACUUGCUCCUUCUUUGGGCAGUAUUUGCUGAAUGAUGGUUCAGGCCAGACUAUCAAGGGCUACCAGAUCACCUCUACAGAUCUUUACGAGUCCUCUGCACCCAAUGACCGUGGCCCUCUGGGUGACUCUGAGAACUUCUCUUCCCUGGACCCUGUGGAUUCGCCAACUAAGGCUCCUCUGCCCUUCGUUGUUUCUCUAGGCUUUGUUGCCAUCCAGCCUCUGACGAGCCUCUCUGUCACUCAAACUCGCCAGGGAAUCACCGGCCGUCAGGUUCUGGCUUACAUGCCUGAAUCCCAUGCUAUUGUGGGCAUUCCACGUCAAGCACUUGACCCUCGCCGUCCCGUGAGCCGUGACCCCACCGCCGCUGAACAGGAAGCCGAAGGUCUUAUGAAGUACUGGCCCUCUUUGGAGAUCGAUCCUCGCUCUAUCGUCUCCCACGAGCGUGAUAUCAUUGGCAUCAGCAACAUCGUUGCUGCUCCCGCUAUCGUCGAGAGCACCACUCUUGUUGUUGCCUACGGUGUGGACGUGUUCGGAACCAGAGUGGCUCCAAGCGGCGUGUUUGAUAUUCUUGGAAAGGGAUUUAACAAAUUUACUCUGAUUCUUACUGUUCUUGCUUUGUUUGGUGGCGUGAUUUUCCUGGCCCCUAUGGUACGAAGAAGCCAAAUCAAUAGACAGUGGGGGGAGUAA